GGCGGAAGCUCCGAGCCGCCCGCUGCGGCCGGCGGCGGGGACGCAGGCGGCGGGGCUCUCCAGGCAAAGAGCAUCAUUAAAAUUUUCUUUGAUAAAUGAGGAUAUUAGAAUGCCUUUGGAAGUUUUCACAAAUCACAAUAAGUUUGAGACAAUAUUAAGAUGGCAAUCAUGAAUACGAAAGAUUUUGUAGUUCUUCCAUGGGGAAAACCUGGAAAUUCUGUAAAGUUAAAAUAUAAAAAUGCUCGAGAACUGAGGAUGGAGAAAGUACAGUUAGAAUUGGAGAAUCAAGAGAUGGAAAAGAAACUACAAGAAUUCCAAUUAAAAAGGAGCAACACAAAGGAAGAAAGAGAGUCAAAUGGAUAUCACUGGAAAUCUGGACAAAUGGGCAAAUUGGGUAAUCGAUCACAGGUGAUGUCACAAAAUAAAGGAAAUGUUAUUAAGCUUUCUUCUGGGAAAGUGAAAUUAAAAUUACUGAAGGAGCAGCUCGAAGAGCCAGUGAAACAAUCACUCAAUUUUAAAAUGGCAAAUUGUUCUGAGCAUGGAAAACCCAAGAUAAAAGGGAAGGUUUGUGGGCAGUGUGAGAACAAAGCUGCUCUGCUAGUAUGCCUUGAAUGUGGAGAAGAUUACUGUUCAGGAUGCUUUGCCAAAAUUCACCAGAAGGGGGCACUAAAGCUCCAUAGAACAACUCUUCUGCAGACAAAACCUCAAAUAUUAUCCAAUGUGUUGGAUGUUGCCCAUCAGUUUAUAAAGGAAGUUACUCCAGAUGAACUCAAAGAGGAGAUUCAUUCUACAAAAGAAAUUAGUAAAAGUCAGCAUAAACCCAAAUCUCUUCUGCAGGGGCGCAACUCUGAGGUAGAAGUUUCAACAACAAAAAAAGCAGAAUGUAGCAAUCCAAGAGAUAGGCCCUUGUGUGAGGGGACAUUUGAUGAGGAAGCUUCUGCCCAGUCCUUUCAGGAAGUUUUAAGUCAAUGGAGAACCGGACAUAAUAAUGACAAUGAGAAACCGAAGUUACACACAUCAAAACCAGACUCAUUGGAAGAAUGUGAAGUACAAACUAACCUGAAAAUUUGGAGAGAGCCACUUACAAUUGAAUUUAAGGAAGACAGUCUAUCCUAUAUGGAAAAAUUAUGGCUUAAAAAACACAGAAGAACUCCACAGGAACAACUUCAAAAUAUGCUACCAGAUACAUUCAUAUCUCAAUGUCAAACCACUUGUGAGGCACAUUGUUCUCAGAAUGAAAAUGAUGAAGAUAUUGAUGCUGAAGAGACUAAAGUAGAACACCCAGCUCUUUUUCUGCCAGCAGAAGAAUUAAACAUAGAAAGACCUGAGCCAUCUCUAACAAUAGUUGAACUGGAUGAUACUUUUGAAGAGGAAUUUGAAGAACCAGAUGUUGUACCUUAUAAAGUUGAGUUAACUGAUGUGGAUGCAGAUAAUCAACAAAGUUGCACAUUUCAUGAUUAUAAGAGUCCUUUUCUGUAUGAAAGUGACAUCUAUCAACAUCACGUUUUCACCAAGGGAAAAAUAGACCUCUUACAUCUUCAUCUGAGCAACAGCUCUUCUGAUUUUAAAGAUAACUCUAGAGCAGGAACUUCAAAUACAAAAUCUGACAACAUUGUGGAUCCUGAUGUGUAUUCUCCAGCCAUUGAAAAAUUAGGGGAAAGCAGCUUUUCUGAAAGAAAUUUCAAAGAGAAAAAUAUAGGUAUGGAAAGUAAUCAGAAGUGCAAUGAUUCCUACAUAACACUUGAGAACAAGGAUUCUUUGCCAAGUAUAGACUUAGAAAAACCUUCCCUUGAGGAGAGCUCUCAAGACAUCAAAGAAUCCUUGGGAUUUAAUGAUCUGCACAAAAGGCCAAACUCUGAAGAUUCUGAAACUAUAGAGUCACCACAGUUGUUACAAGAAAUAGCCCUCAGAAGUAAGCCUGUAACUGAACAAUAUCGAGGACUUGAAAGAUUCUUUGUUUUUGAUAACAAUGAAAGAUUCAACUUACUUCCUUCUCCUAGCUUAGAAUGCAGCUAUUCCAGUACUAGGAUUACAAUUGCAGGAAACAGAGAAUGGAUCCCAGACCAUAGUGUAAGUACAAGUGCUGAUAAUGCAGUUGCCGUGGGUGCUCUGCAGAGUGCCUGGACCCCACCAUCAAGUAGGGCACAGCAGAAGAUAGGCCGGACAUCACAGAGACCUUCAACAGCAAAUUUACCACUUUCCAACACUGCUGAAAGAAGCCCCAGCUGCCUUACUUCCUCUCAUCCUCGAUCAAGAAGUGCUGUUGCUCCAUCAUUAUCUAGAGCUGCUUCUGAAAUUUCGGAAAUUGAAUAUAUUGAUACUACUGACUGCAAUGAGCCCUUCUUAGAUUGCACUGCUGAUCAACAAACCUUAGACAGUUUGGAAAAAGAAUUAAAUGUGCUGAAAAAUCUUGCAGAUCCUUCAGGAAAACUUUACAGCCUAACCUCAGAAGAGUUGCCAGCAUUCAACAACCACUCACUGAAUGUAAGUCAGACUACCCUAGAUUUCCUUAAGACCUCAUGUGUGAAGUGCCCUGAUGGAGUUGAAGAAUGGAGCUCUUCUGAAAAUGAUACUGAAAUUCAGUCUUUGCUGACACUUUCUGAAAGCAGCACAGAUGAGGAGGAAGAGGAUUUUCUUGACAGGCAAAAUGUCACCACAUUACCAUGGUCAAAGAGUACCUGAUGAUCACUCGUUCAUUACUUCUUCCAUUUUGUACCCACAAUAAAGCAAACAACUGAAAAAAUGUAACCAAAUGAUUAUCUUUCCAGGUGCUGGAAAAUUUGAUUAUUAAUGUCUCUGAGAUUUCAAAGUCUGCAAAGUAAUAGAAGUUAGUGAAAUUUUAAGUUUAAGGGCUUUUUCUUCCAAAUGAUACAUUGCAUGUCAAACACUAAUCUGUAUUGCAAAUCAUAUUAGUAAAAUUUGGUGAAUAUUUAUAAAUAACAGUGAUAGCUGUGACUCUAGAGCCUACCCUAGAAUAGAACAUGAUUAUAUUUAAAGUAAUUUUAAAUUGUUACAUUAUAUUUUAGAUAAUUACAUUGUCAGCAAGAGUAUAUACUUGCCAGCCAAGUUGUACUUGGCAGGAUCGUUCAUUGAACCUAGAGUCCAUUUUUUACCUUGAUAAUUACAGAUAUUUGGUUUUUGUUUUCUUAGUGUUUUUGACAUUUACAGAAGUUCUGGCAGCUUCAAUAGUUGUGCUAGAAAAGAAAAAGAGUACCCAAAAUAAAGUGUACAUGAAAUUUGUCAUUCUCUGUUCUAGUCAAACACAGAAAGACCCCUCCCCAUCCCCAGCCUCCCACUAAGCCUGCCUUUGGCUCAAGCUACAGCAUCAGUUCUUUCCUGGGUCUCCCGUCUGCUGCCCUGCCCUGUAGAUGUUGUAUUUGCUGGCCAUCACAGUUGGUUCUGUUGCUCUGAAGAGCCCUGACUAAUAACAAAUACAGUCAGUUU